AUGGGAGACGGAGCCAUUGAGCUAGCGGGGCGAACAGCAUACCGCUGGGACAGAAACAUCGACUCUGACGUCCAGCAGCUGGUGGUGGUUAAAGAAGAGGUUCCCCCUGAGCAGCAGGAGUGGAGCUCCAGUCUGGACCAGGAGGACCCAGAGCCCCCCCCAUACAUUAAAGAGGAACCGGAGGAACUCUGGAGCAGUCAGGAGGGAGAGCAGCUUCAAGAGCUGGAGGAGGCUGAUAUCAUCAAGUCCACAUUCACUCCUGUCCCUGUGAAGAGUGAAGAUGAUGAAGAGAAACCUCAGUCCUCUCAGCUUCAUCAAAGACAAACUGAACACCUGGAAACAGAAGCUAAUGGAGAGGACUGUGGAGGACCAGAACCAGCCAGGAACUCAGAUCCAGAGAGACAUUUACAACCAGAGACUGAGGACAACACUGGAGACUCUUCUGAACCUGACACUGAAGACAGUGCUGAUUGGAAGGAGACCAGAGAACCAGGUUCAAACUCUCAGAGAAAUAAACAAGACCCUGUCAGUGAUUCAGGACGUAGUGCAGGAGAGAAAAUAUUUGGCUGCUCAGUCUGUAAGAAAUAUUUUAACCGGAGAGGACAUUUAAAGGCCCACAUGAGAAUCCACACAGGAGAGAAACCAUUCAGCUGCUCAAUCUGUAAGAAAUCUUUUAUACAGAGAGGAAGUUUAAAUCGGCACAUUAGAAUCCACACAGGAGGGAAACCAUUCAGCUGCAGUGUUUGUGACAAAAGAUUCACACAGAGCCAUCAUGUCAAAACCCAUGCGUGUGUUGGUCGUCAGUCCUCACAGCUUCAUCAAACUCAAACUGAGGAGAACAGAGAGGCAGAGCCUCCAGCCAGCAGCUCAGCUGAACACAUGGAAACAGAAGCUGAUGGAGAGGACUCUGGAGGACCAGAACCAGCCAGGAACUCAGAUCCAGAGAGACAUUUACAACCAGAGACUCAGGACAAUCCUGGAGACUCUUCUGAACCUGACACUGAAGACAGUGCUGAUUGGAAGGAGACCAGAGAACCAGGUUCAAACUCUCAGAGAAAUAAACAAGACCCUCUCUGUGAUACGAGACGUAGUGCAGGAGAGAAACCAUUCAGCUGCUCAGUCUGUAAGAAAUAUUUUUCACAUAGAAGAAGUUUAAAGCACCACGUGAGAAACCACAAAGGAGAGAAACCAUACAGCUGCUCAUUUUGUAAGAAAUAUUUUACACAGAGUGGAGAUUUAAACAGACACAUGAGAGUCCACACAGGAGAGAAACCAUACAGCUGCAGUGAUUGUGACAAAAGAUUCACACAGAGCUAUCUGGUCAAAACCCAUAAGUGUGUUGGUCGUCAGUCCUCACAGCUUCAUCAGACUCAAAGUGAGGAGAACAGAGAGGCAGAGCCUCCAGCCAGCAGCUCAGCUGAACACAUGGAAACAGAAGCUGAUGGAGAGGACUGUGGAGGACCAGAACCAGCCAGGAACUCAGAUCCAGAGAAACAUUUACAACCAGAGACUGAGGACAAACCUUUAGACUCUUCUAAACCUUAUACUGAAGAUAGGGCUGAUUGGAAGAAGACCAGAGAACCAGGUUCAAACUCUGAUAGAAAUAAACAAGAUCCUGUCAGUGAUUCAAGACGUAGUGCAGGAGAGAAACCAUUCAGCUGCUCAGUCUGUGAGAAAACAUUUGCAUGGAAAGGAUAUUUAAAUCUGCACAUGAGAAUCCACACAGGAGAGAAACCAUACAUCUGCUCAAUUUGUAAGAAAUCUUUUGCAGUGAAAGCAAGUUUAAAGUGCCACAUUAGAAUCCACACAGGAGAGAAACCAUACAGCUGCAGUGUUUGUGACAAAAGAUUCACACAGAGUCAUAAAGUCAAAAGCCAUAAGUGUGUUGGUCAUCAGUCCUCACAGCUUCAUCAAACUCAAACUGAGGAGAACAGAGAGGCAGAGCCUGUAGGAGAGAAACCAUUUGGCUGCUCUUUGUGUGAGAAAAUAGUUAGACGGAGAGGAAAUGUAAAACACCACAUGAGUAUCCACCCACGAGAGAAACCAUUCAGCUGCUUAAUUUGUGAGAAAUCUUUUACAGAUAUUGGGAAUUUAAUUACACACAUUAGAGCUCACACAUGAGAGAAAUCAUUCACCUCAUCUGUGUGAAAUAUUUUACAGUGAGAGGAAUUUUUAAAGACACACAUGAGCUGAUAGAGAGAACUGUGGAGGACCAGAACCAGCCAGGAACUCAGAUCCAGAGAGACAUUUACAACCAGAGACUGAGGACAACCCUGGAGGCUCUUCUGAACCUGACAUUUUCCAAGUCAAAUCUGCAACAAAAAAAGAGGACAAUUAAUUAUUCCUACGACAAUUCACAUGAGAAAAAUCUGUCUGGCUGAAUAAACUCUGUUUGACAAUGUUCAAACAUGACUUCAUCUAAACUCCAUCUUUAUCAACAGAAGUUUUGAAUAUGUUUAAUGUUUUUGUCAUACUACUUUUCUGAUGUAUAACCAUGUAUAACCACUGACUGAUUAAUCUGCAGUAGUUUCUCUAAUAAUCUGUUUGUUUAAUGAAAUGUUGUGACUUUAAACUUCCAUUGGGAUGUUGUUGAUAGUUCCUGUUGAGUUAUCAGUCUGUUCUGGUCUAAAAGAAGAACCAAUGACUUAUUGAUAUAGAGAAUGUGUACGAUGUUUCCAGUUUGAUUCUGUUUAUAUCAUCAAACCAAACUAAAAGAAAAAGGCCUUUGAAACAGA